AUGGAUCCCCUCGAUAACAUGGCCGGGGCCCCCGUGCCCAAGAACUUUGACGCCGAGAAUGCCCAGAACAACGAGGACAUCGAGAAGCAAUUCGCCGUCAAGGUCGUCCAGCACAUGCAGACCUACUGGUCCAUCCUCGAGCGCGUCAAGGGCUCUUCUCUUCGCCUCACCAAGAUCGACGACGAGAUCAUGGAGCACCUUAAGGAGGCCUUCCCCGAGUUCGACCCCGCCGCCAAGGUUAACGAGGACGAGAUGAAGAGCAAGGACGGAAAGAACAGGUGGCGCGACUUCAUGAUGAAGUACGAGAAGAAGGUCGACGACUACAAUUUUGGUACCAUGGUUCGCGACAGCCCCAAGGUCGAGUACGAGGAGAACACCACCAUCUUUGUUCCCCGCAUGCAGUUUUACGCUUUCGAGAUUGCACGAAACCGUGCGGGUCUCAACGACUGGAUUUACGAGCAGGCUCAGGCUGAGAAGGCCAAGUCCAAAUAA